UAUAUCAUAACAAAUUUUGAAGAUUUGGAAUUGCAAGAAAUUCGUUAUUGCAGUUUCUCUCCAUUUCUCUUGCCUUUUAUUCUUCUUUUCGGAACAUCGUGUUCUUUGGCACCAUUCGCGUAUUAUUAUUACAUCGACUUCCAUUGCAUUUGGAUGUUGUAUGCAGUUCGAGAUGCAGAGUGAUUCUCUGUUCGAGGAGAGAUCGCGAAUCAGGCAUAUGCCGAUCAGUCCUCUUCGAGUGGUCGGCGCGCCUACGUCUCUCGUGAAAAGUCAGGACACGUACGAAAUGACGAAAGACAAUAAGUAUAAUUCGCCAAUCGAGUUCAGUACGACGACGAACGGUGAGGGCGAGAAACGAUUCGUAAAAAAAGAAACGGUGCGGAAGAUCAAAUCAAUCGCUGGACACGUGGGCUUACUGAUCACCCUGAUGCUGUACACCGCGAUCGGCGGAUUGGUCUUUCGACAGAUCGAACUUCCGGCGGAACUCGGACGGCUCGAGCGUUUACGCGCGAGAUUACGCACGCAACGACAUCACUUCGUGGAAUCUAUCUCCAACAACACGGACGUCUUCAAUUUGCGUACCUUGGUGAGCGUAAAAUUACGCACUUAUGAAGAAGCGGUUCAGGAAGCAGCGGAAGCGGGCUUCUUGAUCGGAUUUGUUGCGGAUACUAUUAAUCAGGAUGAUCGUCUCGAAUCGGAAUUGCCACCCAUCGUGACGGAGAGAUGGAGCGUUCUCCAAGCGGUUUUCUUCGCCAGCACCGUCCUCACAACGAUUGGAUAUGGCAAUGUUGUACCGUCAACAAAUUGGGGAAGAAUCUUCUGCAUCUUCUUUGCCUUUAUCGGCAUACCUCUUACUCUGAUAGUAAUCGCUGAUUGGGGAAAAUUAUUUGCAAGCGCGGUGGUGCACAUCGGAUUGAUCUUGAAGUCGAAACUUCCAUUUUGCGCAAAGCUCUCAUGUAUCCCGACGAAUCCGACUGGUCGACGCUCGCUCGGUGCUUGUGCGGCCAUCGUGUUACUCUUUUUAUAUCUCGCCUGCGGUGCUGGUAUGUUUAUGCUGUGGGAGGAUGAUUGGGACUUUUUUGAUGGAUUUUAUUUCUGCUUCGUGACUAUGACUACCAUAGGUUUCGGCGAUCUCGUCCCGAAGAAGCCCAAGUAUACGUUACUGUGUACCUUGUACAUCUUGGUCGGCUUGGCGCUAACUAGUACCAUCAUCGAACUCGUCAGACGGCAAUACGCUCAGUCCUGGAGGAGGCUGCAAAGACUGAGUGGUCCGUUAGCUGAGACUCUGAGGAAACUUGGCGAACAAGCAGGCGGCGACAUGUCUGCGCUACAUUCUGAUCUACGGAAAGUACUGACGGUUAUAUCCAUGCCACGUCUGAGGUGGUCCGUGUCCAUCGACCGAGGUGUCACGAAGGACCAAGAUUGGGAGGGAGCCGUAGAGGCUGUAUUACGCGAUAUCGCUGCAUCCGCGACGACGUCGCAGCCUAAGAAGCCAAUCGUGCAAAUUGUCGUUUAUGAGUCCAGCGUUUAAUAUUAUUUAAUUCCAAAUAA